AAAGGUUUUCCUGUCCAGGUACUACAGGGGCGUUUCGGAAUCCGUCGCCAAGAGGAUAAUGAAAUAACGAAAGCAAAUCCUACGAUAUAAGGGACCUUAGGCAGUUAUAAUAUAAUCAAUCUUACCAUAGAUGGCUCCCUUAAAAGGAUGCGUCGUAGGACCCGAAGGAGUGAUUAAGUGUCCUUUCCAGGACUCCUCACCCGAGAUUCCUCAAGGAUCCAUAGCCAUGCACAUCAUGAAGAGGCUUGAAGAAAAUGGGAAUAAAAUUGCUCUGACGGACGGUGUCACCGGCGAGCACCUUACUUCAGCGGCCCUCCAUCGGCGCUCCCUGAGAGUGGCUUCUGGUCUGAGAAGAAGAGGGUUCCUUCAAGGGGAGGUGUUGUGCAUCAUAGCGCUCAAUGACAUGAACUACCCGGCAGUGUUCUUGGCCACUGCCCUCAACGGGGGUGUGAUGGCACCUCUCAGCCCUGGGUAUAAUGAAGCUGAUCUUGAACCCCUACUGAGGAAUUCAGGAGCCUCCUGGAUCGUGGCCGGAGAGGACCAGGAAGAAAAGGAAAGCCUCAGCGAAAGAGUAGGAGGUAUCAAGGCGAUCUUCACCCUAGGGAAAGAAGAUGUCCAGGGAUGUUCAUCGUUUCAGGAAUUACUGGAAGAUCCAGGGGACCUCUACCUCCCCCACACGCAGGUGGAACCUGAGAAGGACCUGAUAAUGCUGCCCUACUCCUCGGGCACAACGGGCGUCUCCAAGGGCGUGAUGGUCACCCACGCCAAUUUAGCUGCUGCAUAUACGUUAUUCAGGGACAAGCGAACUCUGGGACUGGGACCCGAUGACGUCAUCCUCCUUUUCCUUCCCUUCUGCCAUUCCCUGGGCUUCAUCAUCAUGUUUGCGUCGCUGAUCAACGACUACUCGGCCGUCAUGAUCCCCAAAUUCGCCCCAAGGACUUUCCUCCAAGUUGUACAGGAUUACAAGGUAACCUUCAUGGCAUCGGUUCCUACGGUCGUCCUGUUCCUGGCCCAAGCGCCCAUCGUCGACGAAUACGACAUCACCUCCCUCAAGGGGAUGUUCUGCGGGGGGCGGGGGCGCCCCACUCUCCGGGGAGCGUCCAGACGCUCUGCAGAAGAGGGUCCAUCUUCAAUUUUCCAGACUGGAGGUAACCUGACUGUCAGGCAGGCGUAUGGCAUGACCGAAUCAGUCGCUCCUGUGACCAUCUGUUGCCAGGAAAACAGGGUGGGCUCCGUUGGUCAGGUCACGCCUCACAUGCAGGUCAAAGUAGCUGACCUGAAGACCAGGUCUCCUUUGGGUCCUAUGCAAGAAGGGGAGAUUUGUGUCAGAGGACCUACCAUUGUACCUGGAUAUUACAGGAAUGAAACUGCGACCUCCGGGGCCUUCGACAAAGACGGCUGGCUCCUGACAGGGGAUGUCGGCUAUUACGAUCCGGAUGGAUUCCUUUACGUAGUCGACAGGCUUAAGGAACAUCAUCGAAGUUCAAGCUUGCAGGUGGCACCAGCUGAAUUGGAAGGGGUCCUUCUGAGACACCCUGACGUCGUCGACGCUGCCGUGGUAGGACGGGAGGACGAAAGGGCCGGAGAACUUCCUACGGCCUUCGUAGUCCUGAGGAAGGGCUCUCUGGAGUCGGCCGAGGGAAUCAUGAAACACGUCGAAGACAGAGUCAGCGACUUCAAACAGCUGCGAGGGGGAGUGGUGUUCGUGGACUCAAUUCCGAAGACGGUCAGCGGGAAGAUCAUGAGGAAGGAUUUGAAGAAGUUACUCCUCAGAAAAGAAAACGAGAGCGUCAACGAUGCCCUAUAGAAAAUGGGAUUAUAUAAGGGGAAGAGAGUUAUUCAGAAAUGAAAGUUUUAUUUAUCCUGAGUAUUUUUCUCGUUUUACAUUGUUAUCUUUUAAUAUUUUUCGUUUUAAUUGUCAAUAUUUUACUGGCACUUGAUUAGCACUUAAUCAAUUUCUACAAUGAGCGUAAACCCAACAUUAAAAGUAGGCCAUUGUAAGGGUAUACUAUUUAAAAAUGAAAUAUAACAUAAA